AUGUCCUCAUCAAACAGCAGCGUGGAUGGAGGAGUUCACGGGCUCCUUCUUAAACUCCAUCGGUGCCUUUCAGACGAGGACGUCCGAGACGCGGCUUUGAAGUGUCACGACAUUGUCGGUGAUUUGGGACAGGAGUGCAUGCUGACACAAGCCCACAAUGAACUGACUUUGCAGACGUCCUUAUUGUUUUCAAAAGAAUAUGGACUGCUCAGCUUCCUCAGAAAGUGCCUGGCAUCAGGCGAGCUCCGGGAGACUAGAUGUGAGAUCAUCUGCUUCCUGGAGAAGUUCAUUGAGAGAAUGUGUUCCAGCGUGAAAGGUUGGGAGAAGACUUACGCCAUCGAUAUAAGGGACACAUGCAUGGUGGUGUACACGAAGGACAAAGCGGCCAAAUGCAGAGCUCCAACCCUGGAGCUCCUCAUCAAGGUUCUUCAUCGGACAAAGGCUUCGAGUGUCGCUGCAGACCUCAGAGUCUGCGAAAUAUUCAACAGGUACUAUGGCGAGCUCUGUCAGAAGACCAAAAUAGCCGACUCAGUUCUGAGUAAAAUCUAUGAGUUGCUGGGAGUUCUGGGUGAGGUCCAUCCCAGCGAGAUGGUCAACAACUCUGACAAGCUCUACAAAGCCUACCUGGGAGAGCUGAAAGAGCAGAUGACUUCUUCAACAAAGGAGCCAAAACUCUUGGUCGUGGCUGGAUGUCUGAAAGGAAUAUCUGCGCUGAUGGUCAACUUUACCAAAACCAUGGAGGAAGACCCGGAGACGUCAAAGGAAAUCUUUCAGUACGCUCUGAAGGCGAUCAAUCCACAAGUGGAGAUGAGUCGAUAUGCUAUUACCUUAGCGGGCCUGAGACUAUUCUCCAUGCAUGCGAACCAGUUUGGCAGCUGCCUGAUGGACCAUUAUAGAGCUGUGUUCGAAGCCAUGACGAAACUCUGUGGACACAUAAACCCCCAGAUGAAGAAGUACAGCUACUAUGCUCUUGAGGCUUUCCUCAAACAGGUUGCAAUCCUGGUGGCUGAGAAUAUUGAGGAGCACAAGAGCAAGUUGAAAUUCUUCAUGCAGAAGUUCUGCAGCAUUAUCAAGACGAUGGAGUCCACCCACAAGGAGCUGUCCAUUGCCAUACGAGGAUACGGCUUCUUCGCUGCUCCAAGCAAAAAGGUGUGCCCCCAAGACGUGGACCUGAUGUACACCGAGCUGAUUCAGCGCUGUAAACAGAUGUACCUGACCGAGUCAGACGGAGAGGAGGACAGCUUUUAUCAACUGCCGAGCUUCCUGGACUCCAUCGCCAGCGUCCUCAUUCACCUGGACAAGAUCCCUGAGGUGUACACGCCUCUGCUUGAGCGCCUCCUGGUGGUUCAGAUUGACAGCUACCCUCAGUACAGUGAGAGAAUGCAGACCGCAUGUUGCCGAGCCAUCCUGAAGGUGCUCGUGGCCAUGGCCUCCAAGGGACCUGUGUUUUGGAGCUUUAUUAGCUCUGUGGUGCAUCAGGGCCUGAUUCGCGUCUGUUCAAAACCCAUUAAGCUUUCUAAGGUGAGACAGUUUCUUGAAUCAGACAAUGCAAAUGAUGACGGCUCUUCCACGUCUUCCCAAAUGCGUACUGGAAAAUGGAAGGUCCCCACUAGUCAGGAUUACCUUGACCUGUACAAAAACCUUCUGGACUGUGAUCUCUUAAAGGAUACAGGAUUUUUGGAUGGAGCUUUUGAAAGCCAGAACACCACCCUGGUGUCUUUGAGCCAUCUGCUUUAUGAUGAAGUGGUGAAAUCGCUCCUCCGAAUUGUGGAGAAGCUGGACUUGUCUGUGGAGAAAGUCACAACAGGGGAGGAGGGUCGUGACGAGGUGAGCAGCAUGGUCCUGCCCUCCUCCGACCCCACAGCUCAUCUUGUGCCCAACAAGGUGAAGGACUUCACCGCCUUCAUCAACCUGGUGGACUUCUGCAGUGAACUGUUACUAAAGAAACAUAUGGAGUUUUUCCAGCCAUGGAUUUACCCCUUCAGCCACAAGCUCAUCCUACUUUCCAUAAGAAACCCACUCGUCAGUGGUUUUUACAAGCUGCUGUCUGUCUCCAUGAAUAUUGCCAAGAGAAUCGGAUACUACCAGGGAAUCUACCCUCAGAGAUCCACAUCCCCUCAGACUGACACAGUGAAGAGAGCCUGCUUUGCGCUCUUCUCAAAGUUUGGAAAAGAGGUGUGCAUGAGAAUGAAGCAGUACAAAGACGAGCUGCUGGCGUCCUGCUUGGCGUUCGUCCUGUCACUGCACCACAGUAUCGUGGCUCUUGACAUCAAGGCCUUCUGUCCUGCGCUUGAGACUGCUCUGAAGCUUGGCCUGAGCCAUGUUCCUUUGGCCAAUGUAGCGUUGGAUGCUCUGGGGGCCUGGUCCUCUUGCAUCCCUGUUGAGACUUUGCAGCCUUGCUACGGCACGAUCCUUCCACUCCUGGACGGAUACCUGAAAACCACCACCACAAACGAGAAGGAUGAGCGCAGCUGGGAGGUGAUGUACUCCAUGUCUUCCAGAAGUGAGAAAGGAUACAGCCGAAUGAUGGGGAGACUCCUGAAACAAUCCAAACAGCUCGCCACGGAAGACGCUCCUUUGGUGGCGGUGAGGCUCAGAGUCGUGCGUUUGCUCGGACAUCUCGGGGGACAGCUGAACAGAAAUCUGGUACCAGUGGUGUCAAAAGAGGAGAUGAUGAAAAAGUUUGUCGCCUGGGAUCCGGAGAAAAGGCUCAGCUUUGCGGUCCCUUUCUCUGACAUGAAGCCGGUCAUCUACCUCGACCCAUUCCUACCUCGCAUCAGCGAGCUGGCUCUGUCAACCAGCGACAGACAGACCAAAGUCGCGGCGUGUGAGCUGCUUCACAGCUUGGUGGUCUACAUGGUGGGGAAGAGCGCCCAGAUGGCGGAGAAAAAAAACAGUCUGCCACCGAUGUACAACCUGCACAAGAGACUGUUUCCUGUGCUGCUGCGCCUGGCCUGUGAUGUGGACCAGGUAACCAGACAGCUUUUUGAGCCGCUAGUAAUGCAGCUGAUCCACUGGUUCACCAACAACAAGAAGUUUGAGAGCCAAGACACGGUAGCUGUUCUAGAGGCUAUUCUGGAUGGUGUGGUUGAUCCCAUGGAUAGCACCCUGCGAGACUUCUGUGGCUGCUGCAUCGAGGAGUUUGUCAAGUGGUCCAUCAAGCAGACAACCCCGCAGCAGCAGGAGAAGAGUCCGGCGAACAUCAAGUCUUUGUUCAAGCGCAUCUACAGCCUGGCGCUGCACCCCAGCAGCUUCAAAAGACUGGGAGCCGCCUUGGCUUUCAACAACAUCUACAGGCAGUUCAGGGAGGAGAAUUCGCUGGUGGAACAGUUUGUCUUUGAGGUGCUGGUCAUAUUUAUUGAAAGUCUGGCUCUCGCACACACCGAUGAGCCGUCCAUGGGUACCUUGCAGCAGUGUGGCAGUGCCAUUGACCACCUGAAGAGAAUCGUCAAACACAAGGCGCCCAAUCUGAAUAAGAGCAAUGCUAAGAGGCGCACUCCAAGGGGUUUUCCACCUGAGGAGAAGGUGUGCCUAUCAGACGUGGUAUUGUGGCUUCUGGAGCAGUGUGGCCGACCUCAGACUGAGUGCCGCCACAAAUGCAUGGAGCUCUUCUAUGAGUUUGUUCCAUUACUGCCCGGAAAUAAAUCUCCAUCGCAGUGGCUGGAUGGGAAGUUGACGGAGCAUGGCGUGGACUUCUUGGUCUCUCGGUUUGAAGGGGGAGGUAUACGCUUCCAGCCCACCCUCAGGGACCUGUCGGGCCCUUUCAGCGUCCGGGCCACACUGCAAUGGAUGGACCUGCUGUUGGCGACGCUGGACUGCUACAACACCUUCAUCAGUUUACACAUGGUAAAGCCUCACCGCAUGCUAGGUUCCAGAGAUGAGUCCAGCUUUCUGAAGGCGGUGGGUUUCUUCCUGAACGAGCUGGCGCUUCAUGAACUGGUGGCAGCAGAAAGCUGCUUUGCUUUGGGACAGAAGACGUCCCAUUUCAGUCCGCGGGAGGUGGACCAGUACAACUACAGCAAGUGCACCAUCGUCGUGCGCCUGCUGGAGUUUGCCACGAUGGUUCUCGUCAAAACAGACCAAGACUUUUGGAAGCUUCUUGAACCAGACAUUUUUGGACCAGUGUUUUCUGAGCUGACGGCUCUGUUGGUGUGCCAGCCCUCGUCCAUGGGGUUCAACAUGGCCGACGUAGAGGUGAUGAAGAAACUACCAGAGGUUUGUGUGUCUCUGCUGAAGGCUCAGCUGGCCACACCGUAUGGCACCGCUCUGAAAAGCAGCCUGGGGAUGAAGAUCUCACGCAAAAGUGUGGAGGAGUUGUGUGCUGUAGAUUUCUACCAUGGCAGCGGCCAGAGCAGCCAGGACCAAAUGGAGAUGGUUCUGUCUGCCUGCAUACAGGUCCACAAGGCGGGCUUGCUGAACGCCAUUCUGCACAGCCAGGACUCGGACUACGCCCAGUCCCUCGGGUCCAGGUUUCUCAUGGCUGUCUACAAAGGCAUCGCCCCCGGAGGAGAGCGGAAGGCCCUUCCUUCUCUGGACAUCAACAGCCAGAGACACGCAGACAGCCUGCUGCAGCUCGCCUUCUCCCUCAGUCAACAGAGCGAUCAGCUGGUGGACCUGCUGCUGAACACCAUCAUGCUGUCUGUGCCGAUGUCAGGGAGUCACAGCCACAACCUCCUCAGCUUCUCUCACGGCGAGUACUUCUACAGCCUCUUCCAGAUGACUGUGAACGCCGAGCUGCUGAAGAAUCUGGACGCCACCGUGCCGCAGCUCAUGAGGGCUGCCUCCCGCAACCCCAGCAUGGUGAGUACGUUGCUGAACGGCAUGCUGGACUACAUCUUUCGUGAGCGGUCCAUCAGGAAGGCCCAGGGAGGCCGGCUGGUGGAGCAGGUGCUGCAGGGAUGGGAGACCCUGCGGGUGUGGUGGAACACUGAUGCCGCCACUCCCGAGAGCAAGACCUCCACGCUCCUGCUGCUCUCCAAACUCCUACAGAUUGACUCUUCUGUGUGCACCAAUACAAACCAUGAGGCCUUCAGCGGCGUGUUCACCACCUUCACCUCGCUGCUCGUCGACCCCGCGCUCCCGUUGAAUCUCAAGAGCCAGGCCCUGCUGGUGCUGCCCUUCUUCACAGGCUUGCCCGAGGAGCCGCUGGCCGAGCUGCAGAAGUCUGUGGAGAUUCUGGUGGUCUCCCACUUCCCCAUGCAAUCUGACGAGUUUACCAAAGGGUCGCUUCACCGCAACAACUACAUGGACUGCGUCCGAAAGUUACUGGAUGCCCUCGAGCUCUCUCAGAGCCCCCUCUUACUGAGAAUAAUGGCUGGGAUUCUGUGUCGAGAUGCCAAACACAUCAUGGAGGACCACUUCCAAACUUGUUUCCGCAGGAUUGCCAGCAAGUCAAGUGGUGAGCGACAGCUGCAGCUCCUGUGCACGUUGUACGGUGUGAUCCAGCAGGGGGACGUGGCGGUCAGCGCCAUGCUUCAGGCCAUGAUGGACAGAGUCCUGCUGCCUCUCGCCUCUCACUGUUCCCCUACGGCGCUGAAAGACUUCUUUGUGGCAAACGUCUCCAACAUUAUUGCUUUGCUGCUUACACGCUUCACCAAGACCAGUGAAACGGCAUUUGAGGUACAGCUGCUAAAGAAGAAUGGCUGCUACAAGCUCAUGGAGCUCCUCUAUUCCCGGCUCCCCAAAGAGGAAGUGUAUUCCAAGGAUUCCCGAAUUAACCAAGCCUACUGUGGCUCCAUCAACGCUGAGGGCAACGAGAUGUCCAAAACCUUGAUCAGGUCGUGCUUCGAAGCCUUCACUGAGAACAUGACAGGCGAACAUCAGCUGCUGGAGAUUCGGAGGCAGUACCACUGCGCUGCGUAUAACUGUGCCAUGGCGGUCAUAGGCCGCAGUUUCAACGAGCCCAAAUUCUACCAGGGCUUCCUCUUCACCGAGAAACCAGAGAAGAAUCAGUUCAUCUUGGAAAAUCUCAUCGAUGUUCAGAGGGUCUACAGUUUUCCGAUAGAGAUUGAGGUUCCACUCGAGAGAAAGAAGAAAUACGUCAUGAUACGGAAAGAGGCGAGCGAGGAAAACGGAGAGGAGCCGGUGUACCUGUCCUCUCAGUCCUACAUGGCCGACAGCAGCCUGAGUGAGGAGAUGAGUCAGUUUGAUUUCUCCACUGGCAUUCAGAGUUUCUCCUUAAACUCCCAAAACCCUGAAGGACGUAGCAAGGCUGCCGCAAAAAGAGAGACAAAGGAAGUUGUUCCUUCCCAAGAAGCAUCUGUUGAUCUGGAGAUGGAUGAGCUUAACCAGCAUGAGUGCAUGGCUACCAUGACCGCUCUGAUCGGACACAUGCAAAGGAACAACAUCACUCCCAAAGUAGAGGAGGGAACCGUACCCAGUGAAAUUCCCCCUUGGAUGAAGUUCCUACAUGGAAAACUGGUGAAUCCAGCCACCAGCCUGAACAUCAGACUCUUCAUCUCAAAGCUGAUCAUCAACACAGAGGAGGUUUUCCGUCCGUACGCUAAUCACUGGCUGGGCCCCCUCCUGCAGCUGGUGGUAUGUGGGAACAAUGGAGGCGAAGGAAUCCAUUUUAUGGUGGUGGACAUUGUGGUCACUGUGCUCUCCUGGACCAGCCUGGCAACCCCCAAGGGAAACACCAGAGAUGAAGUGCUAGCCAACCGGCUGUUGGAGUUCCUGAUGAGACACAGUUUUCACAGCAAGAGAGCCGUCUUCCGACACAACCUGGAGAUCCUUCGCACACUGGUUGAAUGCUGGAAAGACUGUCUGCAUGUGCCGUACAGUCUCAUAUACGAGCGCUUCUCGGGCAGUGACCCAAACAGCAAAGACAACUCUGUGGGCCUGCAGCUGCUGGGCAUUGUUCUGGCCAACAGCCUUCCUGCUUACGACGCCCACUGUGGAAUCGAACACGACAGGUACGUCCAGGCUCUCGCCAACAACUUGUCCUUCACAAGGUACAAAGAUGUCUACGCUGCCGCUGCUGAGGUCAUCGGCCUCAUCCUGAAGAACGAUACUGAGAGGGAUGACCAUCCUCAGGCACUUCACAGCGUCGCGGCAAGUAAGAUAAGCGAUCUGAAGAAGAAAGACAUGGAUGACAAGUUCAUUAUUUGCUUGAACAAAGUGGCCAAACAUUUCCCUCCAUUUAUGGACCGGUUUGUCAAUUCAGUUUUCUACCUGCUGCCAAAGCUGCACGGUAUUUUAAAGACCCACUGUCUGGAGUGUGUUCUGAGUCGAGCAGAAGUCAUCCCAGACAUUUUCCUGCAGCUGAAAACCAAAGGCUUCAUUCAGAUGCUGGGCCACAGGGAUGAAGCGAGGCAACGGGUGUGUCUGGACAUCAUUCAUAAGAUUGUUGUCCUGCUGACUCCUGUGGAGCUUCAGGAGAUCCUGGCAGCUGUGACGGCAUUUAUUUCCCACCCGUCUCCAGCCUGCCGAGAAAGGAUGUACGAUAUCCUCAUGUGGAUCCAAGACAACUACAAAGAUGAAGAGAGCAUGAGUGACAGCACCUCACUAGAGGUCUUGAACACAGCCAAAGAAAGCCUUCUUCAAGGACUGACUGAUGAAAACCAAGGCCUGCAGCUUUAUGUGCGUAACUUUUGGAGUCAGGAGAGGCGUCUGUCCACCGCCACCCUGGAGCGAAUGCAGAUGGUUCUCCAUUCCCUGUAUUCCUGUCACAUCGAGAGGAGUUUCCUCAGCCUGGCCACCAACGUGCUGCUGGAGAUGACCAGCCAGAGUCCAGACUUCACACGCAACAUGUUUGACUACCCACUGUCUGAAUGCACGUUCCAGGAUUAUCUGAUUGACUCCAACUGGCGCCUCAGGAGCACGGUGAUGACGCCCAUGUUUGUGGAAACUCAGAGUUCUGCGGGUCCGGAGAGCCAGGCGGCGUCUCAGCCGGGGCCUGUCAAGGGUCAGCUGAGGGCCACACAGACUUCCCUGGAGUUCAGCCAAACUCAAACAACAGGUGGCCGUACGUCAUAUAACUGGCUGACUGGCAGCAGCGUGGACACAUUAUCAGAGUACACGCUGGGCUCUGAAGCUGCGUCCUCCUUGUUGGCGCUGGGUAAGAAAGCAGAGAGGCAGUCGGUGGUAAGACGGCCCGUGGGAGAAGGCUUUGGCACCAGACGACUGGCAGCGGAUGAGGGGAACAGUCGCAGCAGAGCUGAAAGCGAGCGACGUGCCGACAUCUUGAGAUUACGACGCCGAUUUCUCAAGGACCAGGAGAAAGUCAGCUUGAGUUUUGCACAGAAAGAGAUCCGCGAACAGAGGCAGAAAAGGGAAGAAAGAACAGAUCAGAGGUUGAGGAAAGAAGCCCAGGUGACUUUGUACCGCCAGUACCGAGUCGGAGACUUCCCAGACAUCCAGAUCCCACACAGCAGCCUCAUCGCUCCGCUACAAGCCCUAGCACAGAAAGACCCAAUCCUGUCCAAGCAGCUAUUCAGCUCCCUGUUUACCGGCAUCCUGCAGGAAAUGGAGGCUCACAGAUCCCCCAGAGAGAGCCAGAGGAUCAAGGAGGAGCUGCGGAGGGACUUGAACACUUUCCUGAGCAAGAGUACUCUCUGCUUCCCACCAUUUGUGGCAUGUGUGCAGGACAUGAGCUACCAGCAUAAGGAGCUGCUCCAUCUCCAUCCAGCGGCCAUAAGUUCCAGUUGCCUGGCGAGUCUUCAGCAGCCCUCCGGCAUCCUGCUGUUGGAGGAGGGCUUGGUGCUUGCCGGCUGUCUUGAUGAGCCCCCUGCCAAACGGCCACGAGGACGCCAGGACCUCGCCCCAGACACCGAGAAAUGGAUCCACCUCGCAAAGCUGUACAGGUCACUGGAGGAUUACGAUGUUGUCCGUGGAAUCUUUGGCGGGAAAAUCGGGACCAAGGAGAUAACCUGCAGAGCACUACAGUCUGAGGCUAACAGUGACUUUGCUGAGGCUGUGAAACUUUACAAUGAGGCUCUGAACACAGAGGACUGGGGCGACGGGGAGCCCACCGACUCCGAGAAGGACUUCUGGGAGGUAGCCGCCAUGGAGGCCUACAGCCACCUCACCGAGUGGAAGUCUCUGCAGUACUACUCCAUCGUCAACAUAGACAAGACCUCGCCACCCGACCUGGAGAAGAUGUGGUCAGAUCCCCUCUACCAGGAAAUGUACCUGCCCCACAUGCUGCGCAGCAUGCUGAAGCAGCUGCAGCUCGGCGAGCGGGACCAGACGCUGCUCAGCUUCCUGGACAAGUCCAUGAGGACGGAGGACCGCAAGAGACUGCUGGAGAGUCACUACAGCCAGGAGCUCAGCCUGCUCUACAUCCUGCAGGAGGACUACGACCGCGCCAAGUACUAUGCCAACAACGCCAUGCAGCUCUUCAUGCAGAACUACUCCAGCGUGGAUUCGCUGAUGAUACAAAGUCGCUUAACCAUCCUGCAGUCGGUGCAGGCCUUGACUGAGAUCCAGGACUUUCUCCAGUUCAUCGGAGGAGAUGUGUGUCUGACCUCUCUGAAGAAGCUCAUCCGAUCAUGGUCAGACCGGUACCCUGAUGCCAAAGCCGAUCCGAUGAACGUAUGGGAUGAUAUUAUUACAUCGAGGUGUUUCUUCUUAGACAAGAUCAGAGAGAUGCUGUCGAGCAGUGCCUCCAAUGACAGUAUGGAGGUGGACGGCUCAGAAGACCAGGGAAGCGACGUUGACACAGUCAUAAGCAACUGCAAGUUUAACAUGAAGUUAACCAUGGCCGACAGUGCAUGGAAACAGAGUAACUUCCCAGUUGCCAACAAGCUGCUGAAGGAGCUUCACCGGCAGGCCAAAACCGAGAGAGGCCGGCUGCUUCGGUGGGUGCACAGUUUCAGCCGGUAUAGCCAGAAACGCAGCCUGUCUCUGGGUCCUGUGGAGCAGAUCACCGCCAUACUGAAGACCGUCCCCCUGCUGGAAGACCUUCAGGCUGAUUGUGAAGGUGCCUCGGCCAAAGCAGUAAGAGACCAAAAGAUCCUGCAGGGAACCUGUUACCAAAUCCUGGCCACCGCUUUGAGCAGGAGUCCCUCAGUCCUGGAUGUUGUUGGGAGCGAGAAAGCAGAGAAAGUUCUGAGGCUCUCUGGAGCCUCCUUGCAGACUGCUGAUUCUAAGGUGGCAGAAGCGGGGCUGCAGAUGCGGGCGCUGACACUGUUGCGUGAUGCUGCAAAGAAGGCCGACGAAGAGAUCCAGUCUUACAAUCAUGAGUGUUUGGACAUCAGCAGCAUCACGGAGACCUACAUGACUCUGGCCAACUUCUGUGACAAACUGCUGCAAGAAGAAGAGCAAAGCGAUAACAUUAGCAAACUACCAGAGCUGACGGCGUUGCCCAUGCAUGUGGUGGAGAACAUGCUGAAGGCCCUGAGGAUGAGCUCCGAGGAGGCUCGCCUCAAGUUCCCACGACUGCUGCAGAUCAUUGAGCUGUACCCCUCAGAGUCUCUGGACAUCAUGACAAAAGAGAUGAUGUCAGUUCCCUGCUGGAUGCUUAUUGGUUGGAUCAGUCAAAUGGUGGCACUGCUGGACAAACCGGAAGCGGUGGCGGUACAGCAUUCGAUCAGGCAGCUCGCAGAGUGUUACCCGCAGGCGCUGGUCUACGCCCACAUGAUCAGCAGUGAGAGCUACCACUUUGAGGACUCGGCCACAGGACACCAGCAGCGAGGAUUUGUGGAGAGAUUAAACGCCCUCCUGGACAAGUCGGGGGUUGUGAAGAAGUUUGUGGACGCUUUGCAGCAGCUUACAAACCCCGGCUUACUCUUCAAGGACUGGUGGGACGAUCUGAAAAACGAAAUGGAGAAGGACGGUUUCAACAAGAAGACGAUGAGCAGCAUGUACAAAGAAAUGCAGUCGUCUCUUGGGGAUGCGAAAGCAGAGGGAUUUGGAAAAUUUCGCAAGGACUUUAUCAAACAAUUUGCCAGAGAUGUGGAGAGACUUCUGGGCCAUCAAGGCACCACGCUGUUUGACAACAGAAAGGACAAGAACUUCCACAGGAAGGUGGAUGAGCUGGUAGCUGACAUGCGAGAUUGGAGCCAGAAGAAGGAGCCCGGGAAUCUGCAGGAAUAUUCUCCCUGGCUGAGCGGCUUUAAAGCCGACCCUUUCCAAAACGCACUCGAGGUCCCAGGACAAUACGAUGGUGCGUCCAAACCUUUACCAGAGUAUCAUGCGAAAAUAACUGGCUUCGAUGAAAGGGUGAAAGUCAUGUCCUCCAUCCGCCGUCCCAAAUGUCUGAUCAUCCGAGGAGAUGACGAGCGCGACCACCCGUUCCUGGUGAAGGGCGGCGAAGACCUCCGCCAGGACCAGCGUAUUGAGCAGCUCUUCAGUGUGAUGAACAUCCUGCUACGCCACGACACGGCCUGCUCCCGUAGAGGUCUGCAGCUCCGCACCUACCAAGUCAUCCCCUUCACCACCAGAAUUGGUCUGAUUGAGUGGAUGGAGAACACAUGUACUCUGAAAGACUUCCUCGAAAGCGCCAGGACAAAGAAAGAGAAGAACACGGCUUCAGGGCCUCUGGAGAUGUACAGUGGCUGGGUUGAUAAAAUUGCAGGAAAGGUCAAAGGUGUCGCGAGAUACUCCGAAGUUUAUAAGAAAGCGGGCCGAGCUGAGAUUGUGAAGAGCUUUCUGGAAAUCCUGCAGCAUGUUCCUGAUGAUCUGUUGAGGAGAGCCUUUAUGAGGAUGAGCACCACCCCAGAGGCCUUCCUCUCUCUGCGCUCGCACUUCAUCAGCUCUCACGCCCUACUGUGUGUCAGCCACUGGAUUCUGGGCAUUGGUGAUCGCCACCUCUCAAACUUCAUGAUCAACAUGGAAACCGGCGGCAUGAUCGGCAUCGACUUUGGUCACGCGUUUGGUUCAGCCACCCAGUUCCUCCCUGUGCCGGAACUGAUGCCUUUCCGGAUGACGGGGCAGUUCCUCAGUCUGAUGCGACCCAUGAAGGAGUCGGGUUUGAUCCAGAGCAUCAUGGUCCACUCUCUGCGGGCAUACCGAGCCGAGCCGGAUCUUCUCCUCAACACCAUGGACGUGUUUGUCAAGGAGCCCUCCCUGGACUGGAAGAACUUCGAGCUGAAGCAGAAGAAGAAAGGCGGCACGUGGACCGAGGGUGUCGAUAUCAAAGAAUGCAACUGGUAUCCCUUACAGAAGGUGAACUUCGCCAGGAGAAAACUAGAGGGGGCUAACCCUGCUGCCAUAAUCAGUGAGGAGGUGAAGUUGGGCUUUGAGGGGAACCCCGCUUUCGCGGGAAUGCAGGCUGUGGCUUUGGGCUGUGAGGAACACAACGUUCGGGCCAGAUGUCCACCGAAAGGUUUGUCUGUAGAAACGCAGGUGGACUGCUUGCUGGACCAGGCCAUGGACCCCAAUGUUCUGGGCCGGGUUUGGCAGGGCUGGGAACCGUGGAUUUGACUUCCAAACAUCUCCAACUUUAAUCAUUCAUAACUAUGUGGGACGAAAUUCUGCUGGGGGGUAAAUUUACUGCUUUUGGGUGAACACAAGGGCACAGACCGUCAAAUCCAAUCAUGUGGCUGACUGGUUAUCUUACACGCCUGUUGCACUUAGCAUCUUUUUAGUUGUCAGUGUCUGAUUUGUUUACACUGGUAAGUUCAUUAUUUAAGUUUGGUGUUUACCUUCGAUUUGCAUGUGGAGUAAGAGUGCAAACCAGGCUGUCGACGUUUUGUACGGUGUCCCUGUAUGCGAUGACGUUGUAAUAAAGCU